AUGUCGCAGGUUGACCCUUUGAGCUGGACACUCCUGUUCAAAAAGCACAAGACCACCGUGCUUCUCACACUCCCGCCUUCUGAGUCAAUCACCACCGUCAAAGCUACGCUCCUCAAAGCUCUUCAAUCCCGCGACCUCAAAGAGAUCAACGGCACCCCGGUUCCUGAAGACCCUUCUGAGGUUGAAUUCGGAGUUGCCGUGGACAAAAAUGAUCUAGAAAAAGGGUGGACGAGGCUGGAGCCUGACGUGUCACAGUUCGACGACGACGAGGCCCCCAGGCGAGGUGCCGGGAAGACAGCCAGUUCUCUAACCCUCCAGUCGGCUGAACUGCGGAAUGGACAGUCUAUUGCUUUCCGAUUCCAAAAGCCCAAGGAGAACGGCGGGGCGGACGAUGAUAUCGCGCCAGAACUCGAGGAUCCUGGAUGGGAUGUUGUGCUGCCCAGCCUUGACGAGGAAGAAGAGGUGAACUGA